GAUUUCCAUUAAUUGUUCGGACUGCAGGCAAGGAUUUCUUUUCCCUUCCUUCCCUUGGCAGGCUCUGGAGAGAUUUUAGGGUUCUUCGGAGCCCUGAACGCGCUGGAAUUACAUCGCAAUCACUGGAGGGCGGGGGAUUCGGUCGGAAGUCCCUCUCUGCCGCCGGGGAAUCUGUGUUGCCUUUCUCGGGGAAGUUUCCUUUGGUUUCAGCGUGAUUCGGGGCUUUCCUUUGGGAAAUACUCGUCUUUGAUGCCUUGCUGCCGGAGUUGGGUUUAAGCUGGUUGGUUCUUCUUGUGUUUGGUACUUGAAAGGUCGGAUUUUUCUGGUCCAAGUACUCGGAGUUCCAGGUGCUUUGAGGAGCUCCUUUUCAUCAUUUGAGUUGAAAAAGCUAAGAAAGCAGAGGCAUUGUUGAAGUUUCAGGCAAUCUCGGCUGCGUCAUGGUUUUCAGCGUGCUUCAGGUAUACUGGACGAAUCUUGGCUCUUGAUCUUCGAUUCUUCUGUUCGAUAGUGAGUUGACAUGACUGAAGCAAAGUAGAGAGCUUUCUAAAUGGGGAGUUAUAUCCCCUUGUUUGGUUGAUCUUAUUCUGAAAGUGUGUACUUCCUAGAGAUGAUAGCGGAGGAAUAACACUAUGUUUUAGUCUCUGGGAACUGUUAACUAUUGUUUCGUGAUCUGGAUCCCUCUCAUUGUGAUAAGGAAUCUGGAUGAUAGUAGUGAAUCUGAAUUGGUGGAUAUCCUUUAAAGAUUUACUCUGAGAAUUGAGUAAGACCGAUGGAGUUGAUUCACCAUUUCAUGAUUCUCCUUUCACUCCUUGGGGUAUUAUUCGCACACCAAUUUGAGGCCCAAUCCGCGGGUGCAUCUAGGAGCACUGCAAGAUCAUUAGAUGCGCUCCUUCAGGACUACGUUUACAGAGCUUUUGUUCAGCCCCGCACCGGAGUUCCCUAUGAUGGCACUGCCCCUUCCAAUCUCACUGGCAUCAAGAUUGCAGCACUAAGGCUCAGAAGUGGAAGUCUGAAGAAGAGAGGAGUUGACAAGUAUAAGGAAUUUGGGAUCCCAGAUGGCGUCGUGGUGCGACCUUACGUAGAAAGACUGGUUCUCGUUUACCACAAUUUGGGCAACUGGUCUUCUUUCUACUACCCUCUUCCUGGUUAUGCCUACCUGACUCCUGUGCUUGGUCUCCUUGCUUAUGAUGCAGCAAAUUUGUCGGCUACCAACUUGCCCGAGUUAGAUAUUGUGGCUUCAAAAUCACCCAUAUCCAUCAAUUUCACAUAUGUCAUUCCUGCGCCAAGAGGUGCAAUUGCCAGAUGCGCGCAGUUUGGUAUAGAUGGCUCACUGGAUUUCAGAGACUUGGUAUCGAGCAAUAUUUGUUCCACUUACAGACAGGGCCACUUCGUCAUUGUGGUCAACUCUAGUGAGAUUGCUCCCUCUCCAGCACCAAGUCGAGCUCCAGGGCCGGCUCCAAGCCGCGUUGGUUCUAAGAGUAACAAAUCUAAGGUGUGGAAGAUAGUGGGUGGCGUGGUCGGUGGAGUUAUUGCUUUAAUUUUCUUGGCUCUACUUGUUUAUUUGAUGCACCAGUAUAAACAUAACAAGAAGGUGGCACGGAUGGAGCAGCAUGCGGAUGCAGGAGUAUCGGUACAUACAACAAGGGUUGGAAAUACACAUGUUCCUGUGGCAUCGGGGACAAGGACACAACCAAUGCUCGAGAAUGAACUUGUUGCUUAAGUGCUUUGUGGCAUCGGCACGGGAGUCCCCUCAGGGAUGGAACGCAAGGAACGAGUGAAGGACCGUCAUUCAAGUGUUCUAUAUAUAGAAUGAGCAGGCAACCAUUUCAUUGUUCCUUGUGACCUUGUGUUGGUUGAAAUUAAUUUUUUUCGUUAUGGGUUAGGUUCUGCAUUCUACUUAUUUAUGAUAGCAGUAGACAUUCUUUCGGGGAAGUUGAGCUUACGUCGUGUUGUUGUUCUGGUCCUGAUUGUUGCUGUUACGACAUUCUUAUUGUUCGAAAUGCCUUGUGUCAUGUAAAAGCACCACGAAGGAUAUGGCAUUUCUUGGUA